AUGCGCGAACAACCAUUGCCGGACGGAGAUGUUCCCGUCCCUCCUGGCUUCAAGGUUAUUUUCGCCACAGACAAGCACCACAGCGUGCACUGGAAUUACAAUGUGAAGCCGGAAGUCCCGUCCAUCAACAUUCUAGGGAAGCCGUCGGAACAGCAUAUUGAUCUGGGCAUCUCCUAA